CCAGCUCCAGCCGGGAGUCGCCUGCCCAUCCGUCGGUGCGUUCGGUGGCUGCCCCUCCGUGCCUUCUAGCUGGCCGAGAAAAUCGUCAAGACUUCUUCCUGGAAUUCUUUCAACUUGAAAUUGAAUGAUGAAGCUGCUAUAUAUUGCUCCUUUUCUUUUGUUUGCAUUCACAACACUGGAAGCUCGACCAAAGUUUUUAGAGUCUAAAUGUAAGACUGGUCCCCUGGACAUUGUCUUUGUGAUUGAUAGCUCACGCAGUGUUCGUCCCUUUGAAUUUGAGACCAUGCGGCGCUUCAUGAUUGACAUAAUUCACAACCUGGACAUAGGCCCUAAUGCCACACGGGUUGGAGUGAUCCAGUAUUCCAGCCAGGUUCAGAAUGUCUUCUCCCUCAAAUCCUUCUUCACUCGGGCUGAAAUGGAGAAGGCCAUCAACAGCAUUGUCCCAUUGGCCCAAGGCACGAUGACGGGGUUGGCGAUACAGUAUGUCAUGAACGUGGCCUUUACCCUGCAGGAGGGUGCACGGCCGCUGCACAAGAAGAUCCCUCGGGUGGCAGUGAUUGUAACUGACGGACGGCCCCAAGACCGUGUGACGGAAGUGGCAGCUCAGGCCAGAGCAGGCGGCAUUGAAAUCUAUGCAGUGGGUGUGCAGCGGGCAGAUAUGAACUCCUUACGGGCCAUGGCUUCUCCCCCACUGGAAGAGCAUGUGUUCUUGGUGGAGUCCUUUGACCUCAUCCAGCAAUUUGGGAAGCAGUUCCAGGACAAGCUGUGUGGUGUCGAUAUGUGUACAGAAAUGGACCAUGGCUGCCAGCACACUUGUGUCAGCGUCCCAGGUUCUUUCUAUUGUCAGUGUAAACCAGGAUAUAAGCUCAAUGCAGAUGGGAAGACAUGUUCCAUUCUUGAUGCCUGUGCUGAUGGUAGACAUGGCUGUGAACACCAGUGUGUUAGUUCCCAAGGCUCCUAUAUUUGUCGCUGCCGGGCAGGCUAUCAGCUCAACCAGGACAAGAAGACAUGUAGCAUGAUCAAUUUCUGCAACUUCCGUAAUCACAGUUGCCAACAUGAGUGUGUUAACGUCCUCAAUGGAUUUUAUUGCCGAUGCCGUGAUGGCUAUACUCUGCAGUCUGAUGGCAAGUCAUGCCAAGCCAGUGACCUCUGCAAUAGUAUAGAGCAUGGAUGUGAAUUUAAAUGUGUCAGCACUGCAGGUUCUUACCACUGUAUUUGCCCAGAGGGUCAGCAGCUACAGGCAGAUAAGAAGACAUGCAACAAAUGCAAAGCUGGGCAUGUCGAUUUGGUGCUGGUGAUUGAUGGGUCCAAAAGUGUCCGGCCUCAGAACUUUGAGUUGGUGAAGCAGUUUGUGAAUCAGAUUGUGGACUUCCUUGACGUGUCCCCUCAUGGUACCCGUGUGGGAAUGGUCCAGUAUUCCAGUCGUGUGCGCACAGAAUUCCCUCUCAACAAAUACACAACUGCAGCUGAUGUCAAGAAAGCAGUGCAGAGGGUGCAGUACAUGGAGAAGGGUACCAUGACUGGACUGGCCCUCAAGCACAUGUUGGAACAUAGCUUCUCUGAGACCGAAGGUGCCCGACCACUUUCCCAGAAUGUACCCAGAAUUGGCCUCGUCUUCACCGAUGGGCGGUCUCAGGAUGACAUUUCAGAGUGGUCGAGAAGAGCAAAGGAAUCAGGAAUAGUCAUGUUUGCUGUGGGCGUUGGGAAAGCUGUUGAGGAAGAAUUGAGAGAAAUUGCUUCUGAGCCAGUGGAUCAACACUUCUCGUAUUCGGCAGAUUUCAACACCAUGACUCAUAUCGUUGACAAUCUCAAACUCAAUAUCUGUCCUGAGGAAGGCAAAGGGGAAACUGAGUUCCGUAACCCAUGUGAAUGUGAGGCCCUUGUGCAAUUCCAGACGAACACUCUUGCAAUCCUGGAAGAUCUCACUGAUAAAAUCGCUCAGAUGACUGCCAGACUUGACCAGUUGGAAAAUCGUAUUGCCAAUAAAAAGUGAUCACCAUGAACAGCUGCUAUACAUUUGGGGCACAGAAACAUCCUGCAACUCAUCAUUGGCAUCCCUAAACCUGUUGUGAAUUGUUGUCUGUUCUUGUCUUACAGGAUCUUGAGGGGAAAUAGAAUCGGUCCCUUCUUCCCUAGGAGUGUGUGUGUGUGUGUGUGUGUGUAUGUGUGUGUUUUAGGUUAAUUAAAAGAGCCCUAAAGUUAGAAUGAAAGGUUUUUGUUGCUUUUUCUGCAAUGAAUGGUCGGGCUGAACUGUGACAAAAGUGGCUCGGCCCCACCUGGUGGGCACUUUGGAGAAUGAAAAUAAGAUAGGAGACAUAUUAUCUUCAAAGAGCUGCUGGGAUUAGUCAGCAAUUCAUGGAUUCUUUCUUGAGGCACCCAGGAAGCAGAAAGCUCCAUUCUUUGGUAAAUUGUAUUUUAAAGCCAGGCUAUGGGAAGGAGAGGCAGGAUGGGCAUUCAACAUGCUCAGACGGUGUUAAUGUCUUUCUUCUUACCCUUCUCUGUGAACGGCAGCACCUGAUUUUUUCAGUAUAAAGUUUUCUACUAUGGUUGCAGACAAAUGCCACCUUUUAGAAAAGGAAAUAUAAUUUCAAAGAAUAAAUAACUAGAAUUUUUUUUCCAGAAGUUGACCUUUGGGACGAGAACACUCUUUCGACAGCCCCAGCUUGUUUUGACAGUAUUGAUGGAAAACCGAUCAUUAGCCCUCCCCCUUUAAAAACAAACAGUACUUUGUAAUUUUUAUAUAUGUAUGUGUAUAUAUCUUUUUUUCUGAAAAAAAGUGUGAUAGUUGUACUUUUGAACAAACAUCUUUUUUAUUAUAUGUAAAUUUUUAUCCUGUCUAAUAAACUUGCUGAAGAUUUC